CGUCAAUCGGCUGUCACUUUCUUCUGUUCUGUUCUAUGGUGUCUCUUCUCUUCAACAAACAAGCAUUCCACCCAUUUUUUUAGUGAAUUUCAUAUCGUUUGGUAGGAAUUAUUCACAGAAAUGACUUCCAAAAGUGAGAAAGAUCGAGCCAAACAAAUCCAGGAUCGAUGUCAGAAUAUAUUGAUGCAAAUGCUGAAGGAUGAGGACAAUAAAUAUUGUGUCGACUGCGACGCCAAGGGGCCACGCUGGGCGUCAUGGAACCUCGGCAUAUUCCUGUGUAUCCGCUGUGCUGGCAUCCACCGCAACCUGGGCGUGCACAUCUCCAAGGUGAAGAGCGUCAACCUUGACUCUUGGACGCCCGAACAAGUUGUAUCCCUGCAACAGAUGGGCAACUCGCGCGCCCGAGCGGUGUAUGAGGCCAACCUGCCGGACUCAUUCCGGCGGCCGCAAAACGACUCCUCGCUGGAGGCCUUCAUCCGCGCCAAGUACGAGCACAAGAAAUACAUCGCCAAGGAGUGGGUGCCGCCGCCACAGCCUAAAGUUAACUGGGACAAAGAGAUUGACGAGGAGAUAGAGCGACAGAAGCGGAAAAAGAAGUCGACGUCCUCGGGGCUCGGUCCGCUGCCUGCGCCCACCACCAGCGACAAGAAAUACAACAAAUCUGACGUCAUACCGAGUAUACCGAAACCAAAGUCGUCAGUGAGUCCCAAACUGGGCAGGAGUACCCCGACGCAGGCGCAGGAGAGCAAGCCUUCCAACGGAGCCGCCGACCUGCUUGGCCUCGACACCGCCAAGCCAGACGCCAAGCCGAAUGAUGACAUUUUCUCCAGCUUCUUCUCAGCACCGGAGAAACCUCCAGAAACUAAACCUGAAGAAACCAAAUCAGAUCUAAAAACCGAAGAAGAAAACUUCUUCAAACAACCCGCUCCGUCGGAAAAAGAGAAGUCAAAGUUAACAAAAGAUAGCAUUCUAGCAUUAUACAGUCAAACACCGAGCACGAACUUAGCUAAUCAAUUCAACCCUCAGCCGUCUUAUGGGUUUGGCACAUACCAGGCACCACAGCCGGUGCCCAGUUAUAACAUGCCCGCGCAGAAUGGAAUGCAACCACAGUUCAACCAGUUCCAAGGUAUGAACAACCAGUUCCAGCAACCAUUUGGAGCGAUGCAGCAACCGUUGCAAGGACAGGCGUUCCCUCAGAACCAGCAGUUCUUCAGUCAACAACAGCCAAGUCAGAAUUUGAAUCAGCAAUUUGGAAGUCUCAACUUAGGGCAGAGUUUCCCCAAUGCGUUCCCACAGAACAAUGUAGCAAGCAACACAUGGCAGUAAACGUGAUUUUGUACCCGGAGUAUGUUUGGUUUGUGUAUGUUUUGUUCCUGAGAAUGUUCUAGACUAUCCUUCAAUAUUGUGAUAUGGAUGCUUGCACCGAGUCUGUCUGCGCGGUUUAUCUAAGUGUAGUGAAGAAAUUGGCAUCUCUAUUUCAAUAUUUAAAUGUCUAUGCGUAUCUUUUUUACACUUAGAUAAUUUGUGAAGACUACAUUCAGAAACACUAACGGUGUCCCUAAAUUUGGGCUCGGCACCAGUUUGAUAAAACACGACACAUUCAAAUGUGAACUUAAAGUAGUGGAACAUACAAAUAAUAGUUGAGUGGUGGAUUAUUCUCACAGUUAUGUAUGAUUCCCUUCUUUGAACUGAUAUUUGAAUAUUUAGUUUUAUGCCGUUGUAGUAGAGUGUACAUUUGAGCAACAAUCUUUAUUCUACAAUUUCGUGAUUGUCUGUGCAAUGUGGUUGGAUAUUUUUUUAAAUAUUCUUUAUACUUUUUUCAUAAAAUUGGUAUUUAUAAUUGUGUAUAAAAUGAUUUGUAUUCUUAGAUUAUACUCAUAAAAAUUCUUUAGCACUAUUUUAUCGUUUUUUAACAUUUUUGCACGGAUUUGUGGAUUUGAUAUAUUUUUGCUUAAAUUUCGUGUUAAUGUUAAGUAGAAAAAAAUAUUUUUUUAUUAUUAUUUUUGUGUUUGCACAUAGUAAAAUGUUUGGUGCAAACUUACUAUGAUGUAAAAUGUCUUCACAAACAAUACAUUGACUCCACUCUUCCAUACAUCAAGAUGUUACUAUUUAUUUUUUUAACAAAUCUAAAACUAGAUGUUUAUUUUUGCAAAAUCGAUGUUUUCAAUAUGAUGUUGUACAUUUCAAUGUGAAAUUUCUUUGAUGCUAUUAUUGUAAUGGGUAUUAUUAAACUGAUAAGACUAUUUCUGUUAAUUUUGUUAAAAUAUUGGCGCGUGAGAACUUAACAAUCGUUAUAUUAUGCCUAAGGGUAAGCGCACGCUGACGUCAUUACGUCAAGAUACAUUUAUCUUCUAACGUCAUACAUUCCAUUGUAUUGUACGUAUAAGUACAAUGUAAAGAUUCUUAUUAUUUUUGUACGAGUAAACAGUUUCGUUUUACAAUGUAAAACAUGUAUUAACGGAGACGACAAAUUGAUAUCACAUGAUACAUAGUUACCUCCGUUAAUUUCCUUACUUUCAUUUCUAUUUAUUUCUUGACUUGAGAUUAAUAUAUCCUUUUUUUAUAACAAUCAGCGUGCGUUUGCUCUAAGACAAGUUUAGUCGUAAAAGACUGAUUUCUGGACGUUAUUUUAACAGGGUCGUAGCGUCGUAUUGAGGCUUGUGUCAUACGAUAGUGAAACUAGUAGUACUUAUUAUGAUUACCUAAGUUGUUAGUGAUUAUCAGCUUAUAAGUCUGCUUAUUUCAUAACAAGAAUGCACAUAAACUUCGCCGAGACCAACAGCGAGUAGACUCGGUGUUGAGAGCGGAGUGAAAGGAUAAGAUUUUUAUCGCACCCGGAACAAGUUACUGCUAUGUCGCUUGUCACUGUGGUGGAAGCAUCAACCUUACAGAAGUAACUGUAAAGUGAAGGUUUCAAUUGAAGGUAUUAAACAACUACAGUUGGUGUGUUUAGUACGUAACCAUGGCGCCACUAGCGUAUACAAUGUGUUGUUCUUGAGCCUCUCCCAUUCGCGUAUCGCUGUCGUAUGAACGCUAAAGCCCAGGUUGUAAUGUUAUUGUUUCAAUUCAUAAGUAGAUAAAUCAUAUUUGUGAGAGAUCACUCCAUCUUUAUAGACAUCAUUAAUAUAAUAUAAACUGCGUAGGUAUCGUACAGUCUACGACAAGACCAGUGCUUGCAUACAGUUUCAAAAUUAAUUUAAUUUUAUAUAAAAAUAUAAAUUGUAAGUAUUAUUAUUUUAUAUUUAAUGUUCGGGCCUCAACACAGCAUUUGUUUAGUUAUUACAUCUAUUUACAAAGGCGUUUCAUGUUGAUUCUUAUUGUAAGAUAACAGCUACGACUGAAGGUUGAAAGGUAGGGUCUGUAGGUAUUUUCUUUCUAAUGAAUCAUUCACUUUGGUGUAAUAAUAAGUUGAUAAGAGAAUGAACAUGUAAAAUACUUAAAUAUUCGAUAUAGAGGUCAAUGGAGGUGUGUGCGGUCAUAUUGGCCGGACAAAACCUUAAUUAGCCAGUAUUUCGUUUACACAUAUAAAUAAAUAUGCCAAUAGAAA